UUGAAAGAACUAAGUAAUUCAUUGUCAAAUUUAACUGAAACAUAUGAGAAAUCUCAAAGUUCCCUAGUGAAGGAAGUUAUAGCCAUUGCAGCAUCUUAUUGUCCUACUUUGGAAAUAUUAAAUGAUUUACUGGCACAUCUCGACGUUGUGGUUAGUUAUGCGCACGUGUCUGUUCAAGCACCGAUACCGUAUGUUCGUCCGAAAGUCUUUGAAAAAGGAGAAGGUCAAGUGGUGUUAAGCAAUUCGCGUCAUCCAUGUCUAGAAAUUCAAGAUGAAGUGUCAUUCAUUCCAAAUAAUGUUCGACUAAUUAAAGAUCGUAGUGAACUAUUAAUAAUUACUGGUCCAAACAUGGGUGGAAAGUCAACCUACAUUCGUCAAAUUGGUGUUAUUGCGUUGAUGGCUCAAGCUGGAUGCUUUGUUCCAUGUUCAGAAGCCAGUUUAUGUAUAUUUGAUUGCAUACUUGCCAGAGUAGGUGCUGGCGACAGUCAGCUUAAAGGAGUUUCUACAUUCAUGGCAGAAAUGCUUGAAACAGCUACUAUUUUAAAGACGGCAACAGCAAAUUCUUUAAUUAUUAUAGACGAACUCGGUCGUGGAACAAGUACCUAUGAUGGAUUUGGAUUAGCUUGGGCUAUAUCAGAAUAUAUAGCGACAAAUAUAAGGUGUUUUUGCCUGGUCGCAACUCAUUUUCAUGAAUUAACAGCUUUAAGCGACAACAUUCCCUAUGUGCGUAAUUUGCAUGUCACGGCAUUUGUUGGUCAAAAUUCCAGUGGAAUACGCGACAUUACUUUAUUGUACAAAGUGAAUGAAGGCAUUUGUGAUGAAAGUUUUGGUAUCCAUGUUGCGGAACUGGCCAAUUUCCCUGAAACUGUUGUUAAACUUGCAAAAAGGAAAGCAAGUGAAUUAGAAGACUUUACUCAAAUUGACCAAGAAAGCAAAAAGAAAUGUUCGAUGCAGGAAAUUGAGGAAGGUAAUACCAUCGUCGGUGAGUUCUUGAGGGACGUCGUUCAAACGCCAGGUAUCGAAUCGAUGGAUUAUAAUUCAAUGUUGAAUUAUAUUUGCCAAGUUAAAGACAAAUAUGAAGGAAGAAUCAAGGAGAGCCCAUGGUGUCAAGAUGUUAUAGAAGGGUUUUAA